UACCAAUUUUCACUACUCUGGCUUAAAGAAUCUCCAUGGGACAGAGCUGUUACACAUCUGUAUUGAAGGCUGGGGAAACUGGCGGUGGUCUGAACCAUUCAGUGUGGACAAUACAGGGACCUUCAUUCGUACCAUUCAGUACAAGGGCCGGACAGCAUCGCUUAUUAUCAAGGUUCAGCAGCUCAGUGGAGUGCAGAAGCAAAUCCUAAUCUGUGGCAGACAGACGGUCUGUAGUUACCUCUCUGAAAGUAUUGAACUGAAAGUGGUUCAGCAUUACAUUAGUCAAGAUGGACAGGCCGUUGUUAAAGAACACAUCAACUGCCUUGCAGCCAAGCAGAAAUUGCCUUCAUAUAUCCUAGAAAACAAUGAGCUCACUGAGCUGAGUGUGAAAUCUACAGGAGAUGAAGACUGGUCCCGAGAUGUAUGUCUAAGUUCUAAACAUCCAGAACACAGCACUGUCAUUCAGGUACCGUCUUCGAAGAGUUCAAUUACAUAUGUGUGGUGCACAGUUUUGACUUUAGAGCCCAACUCACAUGUGCAACAACGAUUAAUUGUUUUCAGCCCUCUUUUCAUUGUAAGGAGCCAUCUUCCAGACCCAAUUAUCAUACAUUUAGAGAAAAGAAGUCUGGGACUGAAUGAAACACAAGUGAUUCCAGGGAAAGGGCAGGAGAAAGUACUGCAAAAUAUAGAACCUGAUCUUACGCACCACCUGACAUUUCAGGCCAGGGAAGAAGAUGAUCCAUCAGAAUGUGCAGUCCCAAUCUCAACCUCACUAAUUAAACAGAUAGCAACUAAAUCCCAUCCAGGUGGCAACGUCAGCCAAGUACUGUCCGAGUUCUAUGGCACUGCUAAUCCUCCCCAGCCUGCAUGGCCCUAUAAUAGGAAGGAUUCAGACAGCAAUGAGCAACUCUCCCAGUGGGAUAGCCCGAUGCGGGUAAAGCUGUCAGUGUGGAAACCGUGUGUUAAAACUCUGCUGAUAGAACUCCUGCCCUGGGCUUUGCUUAUCAAUCAGUCCAGGUGGGACCUCUGGCUGUUUGAAGGAGAGAAGAUUGUUCUUCAAGUGCCUAGUGGGAAAGUAAUUAUACCUCCCAACUUUGAGGAAGCUUUUCAGGUUGGAAUAUACUGGGCAAACACUAAUACUGUGCACAAAUCAGUGGCAAUUAAACUGGUUCAUAAUGUGACCUCCCCAAAAUGGAAGGAUGCCGAUAACGGGGAAGUAGUAUCGUUGGAUGAAGAAGGUUUUGUUGAAGCUGAAAUAAAACUUGGUGCUUUUCCAGGUCAUCAAAAGUUGUGUCAGUUCUGCAUUUCUUCCAUGGUUCGACAAGGUAUACAAAUUCUACAGAUAGAAGAUAAGACAACAAUAAUCAAUGAUACAUCAUAUCAAAUCUAUUACAGGCCACAGCUUUCUAUUUCCAAACCCCAUUCAGGAGAAGAGGACUUCCACUCACCUGACAGUGCAGUGUUCAGCAUCGGUCCAGCUGGGGCACCUCCCCGUGAGGCACUCAGUGCUGUUCCCUGCUGGGACCUGAUGUCGGACACCAGUCCCAUGAUGGGAGGGGAGCCUCCUACCGAAAAGCGUGUGCUGCUGAGUUUCAGCCCAGGGGGCUGCGCUGGGAGCUGGGAGCUGUGGAGCCUUCCCGCUGUCAUCAAACCAGAGUUCGCCAGACAGAGCGUGGCAGUGCCCACGGGCGUUCGUAGUGAAAGUGGAUUUUGUACCAGAGCUAUAGCACUGACUUAUCAAGAGCAUCUUGGCGUGACGUACCUAACACUUACAGAAGAUCCCAGUCCUCGUAUAAUUAUACACAACAGGUGCUCCGUUACUCUGCUUGUAAAAGAGAAUUUCAAAGAUACACCAAAGUUUGAAGUUUAUUGUAGAAAGAUUCCAGCUGAGUGUUCAGUUCAUCAUGAACUUUACCAUCAAGUUUCCAGCUAUCCAGAUUGCAAAACAAGAGAUUUAUUGCCCAGUAUUCUUCUGAAAGUGAUGUCAUCUGAUGAAUCAGUAAAUGAAUGGAGUGAUGUUGUGGACAUCAACAAUCAAGGAACACAAAUUGUGUUCUUAACUGGCUUUGGAUGUGUUUAUGUGGACAUUGCCCAUCACUGUGGAACAAUAGUCAUAACCUUGGCGCCAGAAGGAAGAGCAGGAUCCAUCGAGAGCAACCUCAACAGAAGUCAAGAGCAGACCCUGUCACUGAAAAUGUUCAUCAAUCAGUUAAGUCUUGCUGCAUUUGAUGAUAUUACAAACCCCAAAGUGUCAUCUGAACUUCUGCGUCUCACAGCAGACAAUGUUUUCGUCCACAUGGCCCCAGCCACCAGCUCCCUGUCACAGGAGGUCCAGUGGGACUCCAUGGAAGGCCUCCCACAAUUUCAUAGUCUCCAAGUGUAUUGUGAAGACUUGCAACUGGACAAUCAGUUGUACAGCAAAUCUAAUUUCCAUUUUGCAGUCCUGCUGUGCCAAGGAGAGAAAAAUGAGACUGUGCAAUGGUCGAGAGUGAACAACCUCAUUGUUUGUAACAAAGAUUUGGAAAGCUAUAAGGAAAACUGCUUUAUAAAACUCUGCAUUGCUUUUUCUGAGGAAGAGAAUCUCAUGUUUCAUGUGAAUGACCUCAGCUUUGAGCUCAAACCAGCUAGGCUGUAUGUGGAAGACACCUUUGUUUACUACAUUAAGACUUUGUUUGAUACAUAUCUUCCAGAAAACAAAACUGCUUGUAAAUCCGUGAAUGCUUCAGAUACUACCCUGAUAGUGCCUGAACAAGUGAGAGAGCAUGCCAGAGCUUUAGUUAAGCCCGUGAAACUAAGAAAAUUAACAAUACAACCUGUAAAUCUACUUGUCAGUAUUCAUGCUUCAUUGAAACUGUACAUAGCCUCAGAUCACACCCCUCUCUCCUUCUCUGUGUUUGAGCGAGGACCCAUCUUCACCACUGCCAGGCAACUUGUCCAUGCCUUGGCCAUGCAUUACGCUGCUGGAGCACUUUUCAGAGCAGGCUGGGUUGUUGGUUCGUUGGAGAUUCUUGGAAGCCCGGCUAGCCUGGUGAGAAGCAUAGGGAAUGGUGUAGCCGAUUUCUUUAGGCUUCCCUAUGAAGGGCUGACCAGAGGCCCAGGAGCAUUUGUCAGUGGAGUUUCCAGAGGAACAACAUCAUUUGUAAAACACAUUUCCAAAGGUACACUGACGUCAAUUACCAAUCUGGCAACAAGUCUUGCUCGGAAUAUGGAUAGGCUGUCACUGGAUGAGGAGCAUUACAACAGACAAGAAGAAUGGAGAAGGCAGCUUCCAGAGAGCCUGGGAGAAGGACUGAGACAGGGGCUCUCUCGUUUAGGCAUUAGCCUUCUAGGUGCAAUUGCUGGGAUUGUGGAUCAGCCGAUGAAGAAUUUUCAGCAAGUAUCUGAGGCCCAGGCUUCAGCUGGGCACAAAGCCAGAGGGGUCAUCUCGGGUGUGGGGAAAGGAAUCAUGGGCGUCUUCACAAAGCCCAUUGGAGGGGCAGCUGAGCUCGUCUCCCAGACAGGUUACGGUAUUUUGCAUGGAGCUGGACUUUCUCAGCUUCCCAAGCAGCGCUCUCAUCCAAAUGAUCAACAUGUUGAGCAGGCUCCAAACAGCCACGUCAAAUAUGUCUGGAAAAUGCUGCAAUCUCUAGGAAGGCCAGAGGUCCAUAUGGCCUUAGAUGUCAUGAUUGUGAGUGGAUCAGGCCAGCAGCAUGAAGGCUGCUUGCUGCUCACCUCAGAGGUGCUCUUUGUCGUCAGCAUCAGUGAAGACACGCAGCAGCAGGCAUUCCCUGUGACUGAAAUCGAUUGUCUGGAAGAUGAUCAGCAAAAAGAUCUGCUGAAGGUGCAGCUAAAGCAGCAGAAAGUGCCUUCUGAUUUGGAGGCUGACGGAGCUAGAGAGAGACUGUCAGAACAACAGUACAACCGCCUGGUGGAGUACAUCACGAAGACGUCCUACCACCUCGCUCCCAGCACCUCCACGGGGCCAGCACUGCAAACUGUGGCUGCUGAACAGCCCCCAACUAUAACGAAAACCUAUCAGUAUGUAGUUGAUCCAAAUUUUGCCCAAGUAUUCAUUAGCAAAUUCACCAUGGUGAAAAAUAAGGCAUUGAGGAAAGGAUUUAAUUAAUAGUUAUUUGUGUUGAGUAUAGUGACGGCGUACCAGUGUGAAAGUAAUGCUUUCUCUGCAGUAACCUGCAUCAAGUAGAGAUGCAUAUAAUUUUUGAGGAGGUAGAAAUUGGUAACAAAGCCCAAUAGCUUUUCUAAUCUUAACAACAUUCCUGCUCCCUAGCCAAAAUACUAGUGCUGGAAGGAAAGCGUUCUGGCAAAUGAAUAAAGUGAGACAGAACAGCCUUGGACUAUAGCUCAAUCAAAACCCCUUCCCUUUUCAAUAACCAAAAAUUAGAGAAUAGGGAAAAACUGCGUGCAUACAGACAUUUUUGCCACACACACAAAUGUGUAUCAAUACCUCUAUAUCAUCUUUUAGGGUCUGCCAGUUUCUGUUAUAAACCAGGUUUAUAACUCAGCUGUAAAAACUUGCUCAAGGCUGAGCCUUUCCCCCAACACCCACGCUCCCCCAACAUGUGCAUCCUGAGGCAAAACAUUUUCCCCCACUAAAUCUGAAAAACCCAGUGUGGCUGUUUUAAGUUACUAGUGACAGCUGGGUUUUAGCACCACUUUAACCUUAAAAUAGCUUCCUUUAUUUGACUGAAGUUUUGCAGGACAUUAGUCCGUAAUGUAAACUAGUGCCUUUGUGUGGUUUGGAGGACAAAACAUGAACUACAACGUGAAUUUAUUUUUAAAACUGUCUGUAUACAGAAACUUUAUUUUAUCCACCAUCAAAUUUUCAGAAGUACUUUCAAUGUCUGUAUGACUGUGCAUUGUCUGGUCUUUAGCUGGAAGUAACAUGCAGGUUGAAAAUUUAAGAAAUAGAGCUGUCUCCUUAAAAUCCAUAAGCUCAGUGUAACCCAGAUGUGCAGGUGCUAAGUACAGCCUUGUGGGGUCUUGCUUAUUUCUGAUCUGCCACCACUACAUUGUAUGUGCUCCCUUCAGCCCUAAUUCAUUUUACGCUUAUCAUCUUCAAACAGAUAAAACCAGGGAUAUUUAGAAACAUGACCUUUCAAAUAUGUACUAAGCAAAGAGAUUUUUUUUUUCCAAAUUGAUUGAAAACUAUGGUCCCACAGGCACCAAUUACCUUAAUAGUUAAUGAUGCCAUCACAAUACACUUACAAAUAUAUAUUAAAUACCUGUAUUUCUUGUAGUAGACAAGAAAUCACUGACUGGGCACAGUUAGAUGACUUUAUAAACCAAAUAUGGCUAUGGCAGUUUUAUUUUAAAACCCAAAAGCUUACUUCAUUUUCAGCUAUGCAUGUUAACUUUUCUGCCCUUUUCCAUGUGCUUAUGAACCUGAAUUUUGUCUUGAGAUUCCUGAACAUGGCUGGAGUCAGAGACAAGAACUGGAAUAAAAUCUGAUCGCCAUUUGGAGCAUAUGCUUUAUAGUUAAUAACUUCUAUGCAUACCUGAUAUGACCAACUGCACAGUAAAUAAGAAUGUAGUAACUGCAACGUUUUUCAUGUGAGUUGUUUUGUUAAAAGGUAAUUCUAAAAGCCGUGUCUCUCAUGUAUUGAGAAUACUGGGGCCUGGGGUCUGCAGUGUCCUUUUCUGACUGUGAAAAAAGCCCAUCCAUUAUCAACAUUUCAUACAGUGGUUUAAUAAGUUAGUCAUUGCUUAAAUAACACUAUUUAAAAAGUCUAUAUGUAUAUACACACUCAUGCUUCAUUCCUGAACAUUUUAGGGAAAUUGUUUAAAAUUUCUAAUUUUGCAUUUUGAUGGAUAAAUUGUAAUAUAAUGGAGUUGUUUAAAGAUAAUAAAGCUAUUCCUAUAAUACUU